CCGGGCGUGCUGUUUCGUGGAGGCAGAGAAACGAGGAUGGCGGGAGCAAUGCGGGUUCGCCUGGUCUCGCUCGCCCUUUGCAAGCGUCCAGCGUUUCCACCCUGUUGCUUCCGGCGCUGCUAUCCUGUUCGGUCCCUGGUCACCCCACCCACGAUCAGGCAGAAGGGCUUCAAGAAACCUGGGCCAGUAACUUGGAAGAGUUUAGCAGUCACGGCUGUGAUUGGAGGAGGGUUGCUAGGAUUUCUGAAAUAUUUGAAGAAAGAGAAACAAGCAGCAAUGGAGAGAGAGAGUAUCCGAUCGGUCGGAAAGCCUUUGUUAGGAGGCCCUUUCUCACUUGUUGAUCAUCAUGGACAACCAAAAUCAGAUCGUGAUUAUCUGGGCCACUGGGUUUUAAUCUACUUUGGUUUUACACAUUGCCCUGACAUUUGUCCAGAGGAACUGGAAAAAAUGAUGCUAGUAGUGGAUGAAGUUGAUAGGAUCGCAUCUUUGCCUAAUGUCACUCCACUCUUCAUCACCAUUGAUCCAGAGAGGGACAAUGAAGAAGCCAUUGCCAAAUACGUUAAAGAGUUUUCACCAAAGUUGAUUGGAUUGACCGGUACGAAAGAACAGAUUGAUCAAGUGUCUCGAGCUUAUCGUGUCUAUUACAGCCCAGGUCCUAGAGAUGAUGAUAAUGAUUACAUAGUGGAUCACACUAUCAUAAUGUACCUUGUUGGGCCUGAUGGCCAAUUUGUUGAUUAUUUUGGCCAAAAUAAGAAUAACAUGGAAAUUGCUGCCAGCAUCCUAAAGCACAUGAAACAAUACAAGAAAGAAUAAGGGACUUCGUUUUCUAACUAAGCAAGUUUAAAGGAAAGAAAGUCUAAAAUGCAGCUUGUGACAUUAAUUGGAGGAAAUGUUUACACAGGUAGUCUGCUGUGGUGUCUUCUUAGUGCAGUUGAAUUUACUAAACCUAUACCUACAGACUAAGACUCGGUUCUGAAGAGAAGUUGGAUAGCUUUCACCCAUAGAUGCUAUUCUACCGGUUCGGACCAGUUUGCCUGAACCGGUAGCAGAAAUUCCGUGUGGCCUCGCCCACCUGCCCAGACUCUAUGGCAUCUCAUUUUGGUCCUUUUUUCACCAAAAGUGCAUGCGUGGAAGGCUGUGCACAUGUUUGGAGGUGGUGUGCGUGCGCUUACAUUUGCAAACAAGUAGGGAAGGUAAGUGUAUACUACCCCUGCUUUCACCAAUGAUAUUUUCUCUGGAUAUGCCUUAGCCAAACAGUGGCUUAUUAAAAGCCUUUGAUAUUGAUGCAGAUUUACUCAGAAAGAGCCACCAGACAUAAACCACAAUGCUCUCUUCAUUAGAAGUUCUUGACCUGCUAAAGAGAUGCCUGCUGAACUCACCUGUACUGAAGAUACCAUUGGGAUUUGUCUUCUUUCAAGUUUUAUGCAUUCCUCCUAGGAAGCAGGGCUUCUUGUCCUUUCUCAAUGAACAUUUCCAGGGUGUCACUUUUUAUUUUUGAAAUAUUCAGUAGUUUACAAUAUGGCUGCUAUUAAGCAGCAUAGUAGGAUGGUAACCUUUACUCUAAACUCAAGUGUGGUGCACAGAUGAUGA